AUGAACUCGGAUGAGAUGAUGUCAGACACCACAGUCAACACCACUAAGGGGGUGCCUCCCCUAGAUCUCCUCCAAAACAACAGCAGUGGCGGCGGCAGCCUGGCGGAUGUAGCAGCAGCAGCAGCAGCAGCCAAAGCCGGCGCCGGUCCCGCGGCCUGGAACACCAAGAAGUUCAGAGACGAGUACGAGAUGGCCAAGACGCGCCUCUCGGACCAGAAGUUCAAUAUCGCCGAGUACCCAGACCCGCUGCUGCCGCGCCGGGUCUUGCCCCGGCAGUAUCCCUUGGGCGUCACUGCGGAGACAGAGCGCCAGCUCCAGGAGCUUAUCGCCAACAUUCGUGUCAACGGCGCCGCGUGA